CUUGGUCGUGGUGAUGACCACGAAUGGAGUACUGGCUGGCUUCCUUGGAGGCGGUUACGGUGGAUAUGGUGGUGGAUACGGGGGUGGAUACGGAGGUGGCUUCGGCGGAGGAUUCGGCGGUGGAUACGGCGGAGGCGGUGGAGGAGUUGGCGUGGGCAGCAGUGUGGUGCUCCUUAAUAGCGGCGGUGCCGGUGGUGGAAAAACGGUAGCUGGGCCGGCCUUCCUGGUGAAGACUGUGCACCACGUGAAUAAAAUUCACGGAGGAGGCUCACUUGUGGCCCACAGCGGCAUUGGUGGCACUGGAGGAGGCUUCGGUGGCGGUUUCGGAGGAGGAUUCGGAGGCGGACUCGGUGGCGGGUUUGGUGGAGGCUACGGUGGAUUCUACGGAGGUGGCUACGGAGGUGGCUACGGAGGAGGAGGCUACGGUGGCGGAUACGGCCUGAAAGGCUGGUAUUAGGGACUGCAGUGACUGGCGCCCAUGAAC